GGGCGGGAGGCGCAGGCUGAGUCGGUCGCGGCGGCGACGGCUUGAACGGGCCUGAAGCCGGUGGCGGAAAGUGUCCCGCGGGUGGGUUAUGCGAGUGCGGAGCCCUUAGCAGGUACUGCGGAGUUGAGACAGCAGAAGUCAGUGUGAUUCUAAUUUGAAGCAAAACUGAGAAAUGGGUUCCUCUUCCUCAUUCAUCCAUACUGCUUUGUGAUGGCCAUGGCAUAAGGGGCUUUUUUCCAGGAUAACACCUUUGCAUUAGCACUGAACAAGAUUUGUGAUGAAAUGGAGCCUGGAACAAACUCUUUUCGAGUAGAAUUUCCUGAUUUUUCCAGCACCAUUCUGCAGAAACUGAACCAGCAGCGCCAGCAAGGACAAUUAUGUGAUGUCUCCAUUGUUGUCCAAGGCCACAUUUUCCGGGCACACAAAGCUGUUCUUGCUGCCAGUUCACCCUACUUUUGUGACCAGGUACUCCUGAAAAAUAGCAGGAGGAUUGUUUUACCUGAUGUGAUGAACCCAAGAGUGUUUGAGAACAUUCUCCUAUCUAGUUAUACGGGACGUCUAGUAAUGCCUGCUCCAGAAAUUGUUAGUUACUUAACAGCAGCAAGCUUCCUCCAGAUGUGGCAUGUGGUAGACAAAUGCACUGAGGUUUUAGAGGGAAACCCUACGGUUCUUUGUCAGAAGCUAAACCAUGGCAGUGACCACCAGUCUCCUAGCAGCAGUAAUUAUAAUGGCCUGGUCGAGAGCUUUGAGCUGGGCUCUGGGGGCCAUGCUGAUUUCCCCAAAGCCCAAGAACUGAGGGACGGAGAGAAUGAAGAGGAGAGCACCAAAGACGAGCUGUCAUCUCAACUCACUGAGCACGAAUACCUUCCCAGCAACUCGUCCACAGAGCAUGACCGGCUGAGCACGGAAAUGGCGAGCCAGGACGGGGAGGAGGGGGCCAGCGACAGCGCCGAGUUCCACUACACCCGGCCCAUGUAUAGCAAGCCCAGCAUAAUGGCGCACAAGCGCUGGAUCCACGUGAAGCCCGAGCGCUUUGACCAGGCAUGUGAGGGCAUGGAUGUGCACGCGCCCUACGAUGAGCACCAGGUCACUGAGUCUAUCAACACCAUGCAGACGGAGCACUCAGUCCAGCCUUCGGGAGUGGAGGAAGACUUUCACAUCGGGGAGAAAAAAGUAGAAACGGAGUUUGACGAACAGGCCGAUGAAAGCAAUUAUGAUGAGCAGGUGGAUUUCUACGGCUCUUCCAUGGAAGAGUUUUCUGGAGAGAGGUCAGACGGUAAUCUCAUCGGGCACAGACAGGAGGCUGCCCUGGCAUCGGGCUACAGUGAGAAUAUUGAAAUGGUAACAGGGAUUAAAGAAGAAGCUUCCCAUUUAGGAUUCUCAGCCACCGACAAGCUGUAUCCUUGUCAGUGUGGGAAGAGUUUCACUCACAAGAGUCAGAGAGAUCGACACAUGAGCAUGCACCUCGGUCUUCGGCCUUAUGGCUGUGGUGUCUGUGGUAAGAAAUUCAAAAUGAAGCAUCAUCUCGUGGGGCACAUGAAAAUUCAUACGGGCAUAAAGCCCUAUGAGUGUAAUAUCUGUGCAAAGAGAUUUAUGUGGAGGGACAGUUUCCACAGGCAUGUGACUUCUUGUACCAAGUCCUACGAAGCUGCAAAGGCUGAGCAGAAUACGACUGAGGCUAACUAAAAAUAGGAUCUGGCCCUUGAGUGGCAGGCACAAAAAUAAACUAUGGUAAUUAUGCAAAUCUGGGCACAGAUGAUGCGUGCUGCUUGCUAUUAUGAGAGAAGCUUAAAAAAAAUGGAAGAUAUUUCUGAAAGACCAGCUCUAAGUAGGCCAAUUUAAAAAUCUAAUUCCUCAAAUUUGUAUGUUCCUGUCCAGGCCUGGAGUGGGUAAUGGGGAUAAGUUAACCCACUUCCCAGCUGGCAAGGUAAAUCUUCAGGCCUGUUGUGAUUGAGGCAGGUGGACUUGGUGAUAUAGACAUCUGCACUUGGAACUGGACUCCAGCCUACCAGUUCUGUUUCAGGUGGCAGCAAAUUUUGAUCGCUCAUUACAAGGUCACGUUGGCAUUUUAUUUAGCUCUCACUAUAGAUACUUAGGUAAUGUGGGUUUGUUUUAGUAGCUGCUUCACUGAAUGAAAGGCUACUUCUGUAAAAGCUAACAGAUAAUGUGAUUCCUAGGAUGCGAAAUUGAUUAACAGAGCUCUCUUGUCUGGUUUUAUUCUUUCUAGAGGGUAUUUUAAUGAAAAACUAUGGAGACGCUAAAAGGGUGACAUUCUAAGUAGGAAACAAAUAACUUAUGGUACAAGCUUCAGUUUCUGUAAGACGCCACUGUCACGAUGUGUUUCAGACUCUUGAUAAGGCAAAAAAGUUUUGUAUUUUAGUACUAACAUUUAGUUUGGACAAUUGUAUCUAAUUGUAAUUCUCUAGGGUGCCAGAGAUAGGUAUUUCUAAUUGGUUUGCUGUCCCAAAUCCUGUGUAAUUAUAGCAUCCACACAGUGGGAUCUGCUCUGUGGCUAGUAGGCGUCUAGCCUGCUUUGACCCUGACCAUGGUACCAUACUGGCUGCUCCAGCCAUUUCUCUCUUAGGUUAUGAUGCUUCCUGAAGAGUUCAGUCCAUGACCACAGUUGGUGGGAGGGAGCCAAGAGUCACUGCUGAGAGUUACCUGUGAGCGUAGGGAGUUUAUGGAGUGCUCCAGUGAAACUCCCCAACUGUCAGCGAGAGUUGCUGAGUAUCAGAAUGUUGAGUGGCAGGAAAAACAACUGCCCAAGAAAAGAGGAGUCUUGAAGAUACACUGGUAGGGGAGGUAGUCCCAGAGGGGUACAUAGAGCUAAUGCUGCCAGUUCUUUAGGAGUGCUGGAGUGUGUUUUAAAAGGGGGAAAGAGGGAGUCCUAAUUUUAGAAAGUAGUCUACAGAUUCAUGCUCCCGGAUUCUAGAUAAAGCUGCAUAAAUUUCCAAGUCCACACAGCUGUAUGUACCAAAAAACAUCGAGAAAAGCAGCUAUUCUUGAGACCUUUUCUGCAGCUCAGUCAGAUGUUUUAGGUUAAAAAGGAAGCAUAUAUUCAGGAUGCUUUUAAGCUGUGUAAUAUACCUGAAGUUCUCACCAGGGUAGGACAGGGUGCUACUAUUAUGUCAACUUUUCCAUAAAUUACUGGUCUUUUACUUCCAAGUGGAAACUUUUUUUCCCUUAAAAUAAAAAAUAACUUUUCCUGGAUUUGAGGUGAAAUUUUUUUUCAGAAGUUUGGCUUUGCUCUAAUGUGAUAGACAUUGCUGGCAAUGGCCUCUGGUCCUUAAGCUCCAACCACGAAGGAAGGCAUUUACUUGUUGAACAGUAUCUGGAAAGGGGAAAGAAAGUACUUAUUUACCAGUUAAUUCUUGUAAUCAACAUUACAAAACAGGGAUCUAUUCAUUAACACUGUAUCAUUCUCGAUAUAUAAAAAGCACUUUGUAUUUAAAACUUUAUUAUAAAUAUAUAUAUAUAUUGAUUUUUUUAAUCUAGAAACUAGAUAUUACCUCUUGGUUGUUUGCCACAUUAAUAUUCUCUUGGUGUUGAAGCUUCACCGGUUAACAGUCCUUUCUCUGCAUACAUGACAGAUGUGUAUAGAGGAGACUGUACAAUCAAAGUUCAAUUUUUCCUUCUCAUUUUUUCAUGUUAGAAGCCAAUGGAUUUUAGGUAUGAUCCUGGCCAUUGUGUGUGAGGAGAAAUUGUUUUAUUAUUCCUACUAAUUUCAGUACUAAGGCAUUGAAGCCGUUUAGUUCUGCCAAAAGCCCAUCACCCUCUCCCAUGGUAUUAGCCAAUCAUUUUCUGCCUGUUUGGAAGGUUUGAUGUGCUGUUUCCCAUUAAAGAUUGUAUUCAAAUGAGCAUUGGGACGUUUUGGGAGAAGAGUCUGAGAGAUAGAAUAAAAACGUUCUAGAAAAGUCA